AUGGUACUGAAGGCAUCUCGUAUAUUAAAUGUCACUGUAGAGGGUAAUGCGGUCAAUUCAUGGCGAUGUCGUUACGCCACGUUGCCUGAUGGUGAUUCCUUUAGUGAGUGUGGGAAGUUCUUUAUGGCAAGCCAAGGAGGGCACCGACCACAGCCAGUAAAUGAAUGUGAUAUUUAUUCAGUUCUUCAUGAUGAGGUUGUUUCAUGGUUCUUGUUUGCGAAUUUGGUCUCUGAUAGCUUUGAGGUGGUAGACAUCCAGAUUAGCUUGGGGAUUUUAGACAUUGGAGCUUUUCUUCAUGAUGAGCAGCCGAAGAAAGAACCGGAUGAUCUUGAGGGCAUAGCGGAUGCAGCGCCGGACACCUUGCUGAAGGUGAAGGCGAACAAGAAGGAGAAGAAGCGAAUGCGCAAGGAUAAGGACUCUUCUGAUGCUGUGGAGGGGUUCAGUGUGUUCAAGAGUUCCGAGUCUUUGUCCUCUAUUCUAGAAAGAAAUGCUUUGGAGGUUACUUCUGCUGAGAUGAAGAAGGACGUGGAAAAGGAGAUUGAGAAAGCUUCUAUUCUGCGUAAGAAGUAUGGAAUUCACAUUUCGGGACAUGGUGUUCCUCCCCCGCUUGAGAGUUUUGCAGAGCUAAGCUCAAGGUAUAACUGCAAACCAUAUAUUUUGCGUAACUUUUCUGAACUUGGUUUUCGAGAGCCUACACCUAUUCAGAGGCAGGCUAUUCCAGUACUCCUUUCUAAGAGGGACUGCUUUGCAUGUGCAGCAACUGGUUCUGGCAAGACAUUGGCGUUUUUAUGUCCAAUGCUCAUGAAGAUUAAGCCAGGGUUAAAGAAUAGUGUACAAGCUGUUGUUCUCUGCCCAACUAGAGAAUCGGGGAGGAAAUUUUACAUCCAGUUAAUGACUAAGGAGCUCUACAGAUUUGGUGAUUUUGAAAAAUUGCCUGAUAUAAUCAUAUCCACUCCUCUCCGGUUGGACUUUGCUAUUUGCAAAAGGAAGCUUGACUUGAGUCGGGUUAAAUAUCUUGUCUUGGAUGAAGCUGAUAAGCUUUUUGAGCUAGGUUUUGUAGAACAAAUUGAUUCUGUGGUCAAAGCCUGUUCAAAAACUACUGUAGCUACACUGUUCAGUGUGAGUUUUCCUGUUGAAAAACUUGCAAGUACAGUUAUGGUUGAUGCAGUUCGAAUCAUCAUUGGUAGAAAAAAAUUCUGCCUCCGAGAUGAUUAA